AUGGGAAAGAACUUAUGCUUGCUCUGCCCAUGCCUGAGCAGGAAGAUUUAAUGAUUGAAAGUGUUCCCGGCAUCGGAGCUCGUCAAAUCGACGGCCAUGUAGAAUCUGAUGGCAUAGCACAUCCUACCUUGUGGCCUUCUAUGCUGUAUUCUUCUUUGCUGCCAAUAGCCAUGGCUUUCUUUUACUGUGCCAGACGUGUAAUUAGCCGGAAAAAAGACGUGUUGCAUCAACAAUCUGAAGAUUUCAAGAAGUUGCAAAAUGUGAUACCCAAAAAGAAGAAAGGCCGGAAACCAGUUGUGAAUAGACAUAGUAUCUCCGGUGGGAAAAGGCACGAACGCAACUCUCAAGCCAGUGUAGUCAAGGUCAUUGACAGUGUGAAAGAGGAUGUGACUGAUAGAAGAUUCUUGACGCCGAAUCCUUUUGACAACAACGGUACUUCCACGUAUGGACGUAAGAUUGGUAGAAUGGUGGUGACUAACAAAGAAAUUGCAAAGGGGAGCAAUGGGACGAUAGUACUCGAAGGAAAUUACGAAGGCCGUUUUGUUGCUGUCAAACGUCUUGUCCGGACCCAUCAUGAUGUGGCCGUGAAGGAGAUCCAGAAUCUUAUCGCGUCUGAUCAACAUCCAAACAUUGUUCGUUGGUACGGAGUGGAAUAUGAUCAAGAUUUCGUUUAUCUAUGUCUGGAGCGGUGUACGUGUAGUUUGUUUGAUUUGAUCAUAUUCUGCACUUCCUCGAAUGAAGUAACUACUUCGGGUCAAAGUCAAGAGCCUCCGAGUAUCGCUCGUUCUAAUAUGGAAUUGCUGAGCAAUCUUGGAAGCAACGAGGAGCUCGAUCUGUGGAGGGCCAACGGCUAUCCAUCUGCAUUGUUGUUAAAAUUAAUGAGGGACAUUGUCUAUGGACUUGCCCAUUUGCAUGAACUCGGGAUUAUACAUCGGGAUCUGAAACCUCAAAACGUCCUAGUGAUGAAAGAUAGAUCGAUAUCUGCAAAAAUAUCCGACAUGGGUAUCAGCAAGCACUUGGAUGGAGACAUGUCAUCUCUAUCCAAGCAUGCUACUGGAUAUGGAAGUUCAGGGUGGCAAGCGCCCGAGCAGCUACGAAACGAGCGACAGACUCGUGCUGUAGACCUUUUCAGUCUGGGAUGCAUGCUCUUUUUCUGCUUAACCGGCGGUAAACAUCCCUUUGGAGAAAGUAUUGAGCGCGAUGUAAAUAUAAUCAAGGCUCAGAAAGACCUGUUCUUGAUAGACCAUAUCCCGGAAGCCACGGAACUCAUCUCUGGACUUCUCGAUCCUAAUCCAAAUAUGAGGCCAAAGGCUACAGAAGUGAUGCACCACCCUUUGUUCUGGAGUGCUGAGAUGAGGCUCUCAUUCCUCCGUGAUGUUAGCGAUAGAAUCGAGCUGGAGGACCGAGAGAACGCGUCCGACCUACUCGAGGCGCUAGAGAACAUAGGGAAAGCCGCCUUGGACGGGAAAUGGGACGAGAAGAUGGAAACCACCUUCAUCAACGACAUUGGCCGCUACAGGCGAUACAGGUACGACAGUGUGCGCGAUCUGCUACGUGUGAUUCGGAACAAGUUGAAUCACUACAGAGAACUUCCGAAGGAGAUUCAAGCAAUUUUGGGGUCAGUUCCUGAAGGAUUCAACUCGUAUUUCUCAACUAGAUUUCCUAAGCUCUUAAUUGAGGUGUAUCAUGUGAUUCGUAGUCAUUGUGAGCAAGAAGAAACAUUUCACAAAUAUUUUACAAGUAGUGGAUUCUAACUUGGAUCAUGGCACUGUAAACAUUUGUAACAAAAUUGUACAUGUAAACUAAUUAAUUAACGCGGUGCGUUGUAAGUUGUGUUGGAAUUUAAUUA